GCGAGUCCACACACGCACACGCGCACGCGCUCGCAGACACUCUCACUGGGCUUUCGUCGCCUCCCUCGCAAACGCAACAUGAGCACAAAAGCUCUUCGGCGACUUUAACGGCGACCCCCAGAAGCUGCGCAGCGACGGGUGACAAGGAAGAAAAUUUCUUUCACCGAGUCAGGUGACGUCAAUGCUCCGCUCGCCGACGUUCAGCUUUUAGCAGCCACGGGGUUGGGAGGCGCACCGCCGACAUGAUGUCCUCCAGCGAUGACGUCCGAGGGGAAGGGUCUCAGUUUGCCGAUCAAAACCCAUCCGAACUGGAUGCUUUGUGUCCUUCCCCUCCAGGAUCCUUAAGGACACGACGCCACUACGAGAGGAUCGGCACGCGUACCGGUACCUCUUUCUGUCAGACUCUGAUCCACCUCCUGAAAGGCAACAUCGGCACUGGACUGCUGGGUCUGCCUUUGGCGGUCAAGAACGCAGGCCUGGUGCUGGGUCCGGUCAGCCUGCUUUGCAUGGGGGUCAUCGCAGUCCACUGUAUGAGGGUCCUGGUCGACUGUUCCCACCACCUCAGCGCUAAGAUGAACAGGCAGUCUCUGACGUAUGGCGAGGCAGUCCAAUACGGCAUGGAGAACGUAUCGUGGCUCAGGAGACACUCGCAGUGGGGGAAACGGACAGUCAACUUGUUCCUUAUCAUCACCCAGCUCGGCUUCUGCUGCGUCUACUUUGUCUUCCUCAGUGACAAUGUGAAGCAGGUGGUGGAGGCGGCCAACACCACCACCUUCAACUGCCAGGUGAACGGCAGCAACCAGACGGAGGUGCUGGUGCCCAGCUUUGAUUCGCGGCUCUACAUGCUCUGCUUCCUGCCUGCCUUUAUCCUCCUGGUCUUCACGCCCAACCUCAAGUACCUGGCGCCGCUCUCCCUCAUCGCCAACCUGGUCAUGGCCGCCAGCCUGGUUCUCAUCUACUUCUACUCCAUCAUGAACAUCAAAUACCCCAUCGACCUUCCGCUUGUGGGCCGGGCCAAGGACUACCCGCUCUUCUUCGGGACGGCCAUCUUUGCCUUUGAAGGGAUCGGAGUGGUCCUCCCGCUGGAGAACAAGAUGCACAGGCCCCAAAGUUUCCCGCUGGUCCUCUACCUCGGGAUGGGCAUCGUCACCUUCCUCUACAUCACCCUCGGCACCAUCGGGUACAUGUGCUUUGGCGCCGACAUCGGCGGCAGCAUCACCCUCAACCUGCCCAACUGCUGGACCUACCAGGCCGUCAAGCUCCUCUACUGCUUCGGCAUUUUCAUCACGUUCGCGCUGCAGUUCUACGUCCCUGCCGAGAUCCUCAUCCCGUCAGUCGUAGCUCGUGUGUCGGAGCGUUGGGAGAUCGCCAUCGACCUGUUGCUCCGUGCCGUCCUGGUCAUCUUCACGUGUGCUCACCUUCCAGGGCGAGGGCCUGUCGCCGGCGUCGCUGGCCAAGAACUCGGCCAUCAGCCUGGUGGGCCUGGUGGGCUUCCUGGCCGGCACCUACGUGGCCAUCGAGCAGAUCGUCGCCCGCAACGCGCUCAAACGCGAGCUCCAGUAGGCGCGCCCGCCAGCCCCUUCGCCGCCGAAACUUUUGACCCGGGAGGCCACCGCGUUUCUAUCCGUCAUCGCCGUGCCGUACGUGUCUGUGUGCGUGUGUCCGCCAUGUUGUACGCUACUCAGUCCGUCAGGUAGGUGCUGGCUUCUUUUUACAUUUGACUUUCUCGACACUUAGUCAAACUACCUCAACAAGUCCUGUUUUUACCGACACGCUUGUUAGUUACCUUUGACCUUUUUUUUUUUUUCUUUGCCGUGACCCGAUCAACAGAAUUCGAAUUGCACUUUGAUUUUUAAUGCCUUAUGCAGUAGAUACGGUGGGGAAAAAAAUGGGCAGAAAAGACAAACCAUCAUUUUAUCGUGUAUUUUAACAGUAAAAAAAAAGCGGGUUGCGCUUUGAGUUUGUCAGCGGGACCGGUUCAAAACAAAGCUGGAACGAGCGGCCAUUUUGUUGACUGUUUACCAAAGAGGUUUUGUUUUUUCUUUUUUAUUUCAUUUUACACACAUAAACAGCGCGACGAUAUUCAUUAGAGGAAAAAAAAAAAGUGCACUUUAGUCUAUACACAAUUUAUUGACUGCUGGGUGAGGGUUUCGGUUUAGGGGUCAGUCCGGGUUAAGGUUUCGGUUCAAGAAAUAAAUUUUGGGGUCAGGAUUAGGGUCCCGCUGGUGAAUUCUGAGAUUAUUAAAAACAUAAAUCCAAUCCUGUCAUGACCAAAUUCUAUCAACUUUUUUUUUUUUGUCCUUGAUGCUCCAUUUUUUUGAUUAUGUUCACUUUUGCAUUAUCUUUUAACAAAAAAAAGUGUGUACUAAAAACAUUAUUUUUUUAAUUAAAGCAGCACAUCUUUUUAGAUGUUCACAAGACUGUCAUUGUGUGUAUAAUAUACAUAUAUGUAUAUAUCUAUUAUAUAUAUGGACCCAAAGCGAGAACCAGAAAGAUGCAGGACGACUUCCAUGCGUCGAAGCCACACUGCAUCUGCGGGAACUUUCAAAGUUUUAAUUUAUUUGCGUGUCAGACAAAUUUCACAUCGUGACCAUAAAUCACAAAAAGUGUAACGUUUGUUUUUUUUUUUUUUUUUUUUUAAGUCUUCUGUUUCCGCAGACAAAUUGUUCAUGCAUUUCCAUUUCCACUCAUAACU